AUGGACGUGGUGACGCCGACUCAAUUAGAAACCAAGAUCCGUGAGAAGAUUGGUGCCUCACUAGUGGAGGCCGUGGAUUUGUCUGACGGUUGUGGCAGUAAAUUUAGUCUCGUGGUGGUUCAUGAAGGCUUCGAAGGUCAGUCGUUACUGGAACGUCAGCGCCGAGUAAAUGACUGUUUAAAGGAAGAAAUGACGCGUAUUCAUGCGCUGCAGAUGAAGACGUGGACGCCUAAGCAGUAUGAGCAGAAGACGCAAAAGAAGAUGCCUUCUUCGGGUGAUAGUCAGCUCUUGGGAGAGCAGUAA